AUGCAUAUAUCUCCACCAAGCCCCACCACUUCACAGAAGCCUGACACCAUGACUCUUGCCGUUGAAGUGAGAGACUUGACUUACCGGUUCCCCAAUGCUCCCAGUGACUCUCUAACUGGAAUUAACCUAUCAAUUCCGUGGAAGACCUGUACCCUCAUAUGUGGUUCUAACGGUGCUGGUAAGUCCACAUUGCUCAAGCUUCUGAGUGGCAAACAUCUGUGCCUUACUGGCAACAUCAAAGUUGACAACCGUGAUCCCUUCGCCCCAACCAACACAUCAGCAAACAGCGGCCUGAUGAUGACCACCUAUCUGGGCACCGAGUGGUGCCACAUGAGCAUCAUCAACCGCGACAUUGGAGUCCAAGAAUUGCUGGAAAGCAUCGGUCUACAGUACUACAAGGAAAGAGGACUGAGCCUUAUAAAAAUUCUAGGUGUAGACCUCUGCUGGCGUAUGCACCAACUCAGCGAUGGCCAGAAAAGACGUGUGCAGCUAUGCAUGGGCCUACUGAAGCCAUUCAAGGUCCUCCUACUGGAUGAAGUAACAGUAGACCUCGACGUCGUAGCCAGAGCACAGCUUCUUAAAUUCCUACAGCUCGAAACAGAAUCCCGCAACUGCAGCGUCAUCUACGCAACCCACAUCUUUGAUGGCCUCUCCACCUGGCCUAACAGAAUAAUUCAUCUCGCUAAAGGUCAAAUUUUUCACGAUCUCAUGUACACAGAUGAUAUCGAAUUUACUCAGCACUCAGACACGGACGAUAUCGUGAAAAAAACCGACCACAAAUUCAAGAUAGCGAAAACUAAAAGCCUCCACCCAUUGGCCCUAUCAUGGCUCUCUCACGAUGAAGGGAAAUAG